AUGGAGUAUGUGCGUACGCUGUGGCUCGGCCUGGCGCUGGCGCUGGGGUCCCGGGUGGUGCGCGGUCACCCUCAGCCCUGCGGGGUUGCCACGCGUGCCGGGGGCUCCGGCGGCUCCGUGAGACUGGCUGCGCUCCUGCCCCGAGCGCCCGCCGCCCGCGCCCGCGUCCUGGCCGCCCUGGCCGUCCCCGCGCCGCGGCUGCCGCACAACCUGAGUCUGGAACUGGUGGCCGUCGCGUCCCCUGCCCGGGACCCCGCGUCGCUGGCCCGAGGUCUGUGCCAGGUCCUGGCACCGCCCGGCGUGGUGGCCUCGGUAGCCUUCCCGGAGGCGCGGCCGGAGCUGCGGCUGCUGCAGUUCCUGGCAGCGGCCACGGAGACCCCGGUGCUGAGCGUCCUGCGGAGGGAGGCGCGUGCGCCCCUCGGAGCCCCGGUACGCGGCGGCGGGCGGGCGUGGGGGACCCUGGGGCGCGGGGAUGGGAAGCAACCCGGAGCCCCACACUUCCCCAGCCAGACUCCGUUCCAUCUGCAGCUGGACUGGGCCAGUCCCCUGGAGACCAUCCUGGAUGUGCUGGUGUCCCUGUUACAGGCACACGCCUGGGAGGACAUUGCUCUAGUGCUCUGCCGCGUCCGGGACCCUGGUGGCCUCGUGACACUCUGGACUAGUCGUGCUGGUCAGGCCCCAAAGUUCGUGCUGGACCUGAGCCGGCUGGACGGCGGGAAUGGCGGCCUUCGGGCCGGACUGGCCCUGCUCGGGGCCCUGGAGGGAGGGGAGAGUCUCGUGUCCGCAGCUGUCCUCCUGGGCUGCAGUGCUACCCGCGCACAUGAGGUCCUCGAGGCUGCGCCACCGGGUCCCCAAUGGUUACUGGGCACACCGUUGCCUGCUGAGGCACUACCCACAGCUGGCCUGCCACCUGGGGUACUGGCCCUAGGAGAAAUCAAACGACCCUCCCUGGAAGCUGCCGUCCACGACACGGUGGAGCUUGUGGCUCGAGCACUGGGCAGCAUGGCCCUUGCACACCCAGAGCGUGCCUUGCUUCCAGCCGCGGUCGGCUGUGAGGACCUGAAACCAGUUGGAUCCGAGUCGUCCGGGCACACCUUGGCUCGAUUUCUGGGCAACACCUCCUUCCAGGGCCGCACAGGGGCCGUGUGGGUGACAAGAUCCUCUCAGGUGCACGUGUCUCGGCACUUCAAGGUGUGGAGCUUACGCCGUGACCCACUGGGCGGCCCAGCCUGGGCAACAGUGGGCAGCUGGCAGGAUGGGCAUCUGGACUUCGAGCCGGGGGCAGCGGCUGUCCGUGUCCCAUCUCCAUCCGGCGCCCAGGUGCGGCCGAAGCUGCGGGUGGUGACUCUGGUGGAACACCCGUUUGUUUUCACCAGGGAAUCUGAUGAGGAUGGGCAGUGCCCGGCGGGGCAGCUGUGUCUAGACCCGGGCACCAAUGAUUCGGCCAGGCUAGACGCGCUGUUCGCAGCGCUGGCCAAUGGCUCGGUACCCCGCUCGCUACGGAGAUGUUGUUACGGCUACUGCAUCGACCUGCUGGAACGGCUGGCCGAGGACCUGGCCUUCGAUUUCGAGCUCUAUAUUGUGGGCGAUGGCAAAUACGGGGCCCUGCGUGAUGGACGCUGGACAGGCCUGGUGGGCGACCUGCUGGCUGGCCGGGCACACAUGGCUGUGACCAGCUUCAGUAUCAAUUCGGCUCGCUCCCAGGUGGUGGAUUUCACCAGCCCGUUCUUCUCCACCAGCCUGGGCAUCAUGGUGCGCACACGAGACACAGCCUCGCCCAUCGGGGCCUUCAUGUGGCCCCUGCACUGGUCCAUGUGGGUGGGCGUCUUUGCCGCCCUACAUCUCACAGCGCUCUUCCUUACCCUGUACGAAUGGCGAAGCCCCUAUGGGCUCACGCCACGCGGCCGCAACCGUGGCACGGUCUUCUCCUACUCCUCCGCACUCAACCUCUGCUACGCCAUCCUCUUCGGACGCACGGUCUCCAGCAAGACGCCCAAAUGCCCUACCGGACGCUUCCUCAUGAACCUCUGGGCAAUCUUCUGCCUGUUGGUGCUGUCCAGCUACACGGCCAACCUGGCUGCUGUCAUGGUUGGGGACAAGACCUUUGAGGAGCUGUCUGGAAUCCAUGACCCCAAGCUGCACCACCCUUCCCAAGGAUUCCGCUUUGGCACUGUGUGGGAGAGCAGCGCAGAGGCCUACAUCAAGGCGAGCUUCCCGGAGAUGCACGCACACAUGCGGCGCCACAGCGCACCCACCACUCCACAUGGAGUGGCCAUGCUCACGAGUGACCCACCCAAGCUCAACGCCUUCAUCAUGGACAAGUCGCUGCUGGAUUACGAGGUAUCCAUUGACGCAGACUGCAAGCUGCUCACCGUGGGCAAACCGUUCGCCAUCGAGGGUGAGUGCGCAGUGGGAUAUGGGGACCCCAGCUGUGGGUGCACGCAGCUCUCGUGGAGCCACCUCCCACCCGGCUCAUCCUCUCCAGGCUACGGCAUAGGGCUGCCCCAGAACUCGCCGCUCACCUCCAACCUGUCGGAGUUCAUCAGCCGCUACAAGUCCUCAGGCUUCAUUGACCUGCUCCAUGACAAGUGGUACAAGAUGGUGCCUUGCGGGAAGCGGGUGUUCGCCGUGACGGAGACGCUGCAGAUGGGGGUCUACCACUUCUCGGGGCUGUUCGUGCUGCUGUGCCUCGGGCUGGGCAGCGCACUCCUCAGCUCUCUGGGCGAGCACGUCUUCUACCGCCUGGUGCUGCCGCGCAUCCGCAGGGGCAACAAGCUGCAGUACUGGCUCCACACGAGCCAGAAGAUCCACCGAGCCCUCAACACUGGGACGCCAGAGGGGCAACAGGAGAGGGCGGAGCAGGAGCGCAGCGGCCCCGGCCCCGAGGAGCAGCCGCGUGCAGCCGAGGGAGCAGGGCGCUGGAGGCGGGUGCGCAGGGCGGUGGAACGGGAGCGGCGCGUGCGCUUCCUACUGGAAACCGGGGAGGCCGGCGGGGAACCGAGGCUCUGCUCCAACGGGCCCGGGCCGCAAGCCGAGCUGCGCGAGCUGGAGCUGCGGAUCGAGGCGACGCGGGAGCGGCUGCGCAGCGCACUGCUGCGGCGAGGGGAGCUGCGGGCUCGGCUGGGGGACGGCGCCCGGCUGCGGCCACUGCGCCUGCUGCAGGUGCCCCCCGCAGAAAGCUGA